CGCUCUGGCCGACUGUAGAACUAAAGUCUUAUAGCGGUUACAAAUUUGAAUUUGGACUGUUCAUUUAGUUCGUCCUUAGCCGCUGUGGAAUCUGCAUUCACUCCCACGUUGUGACCACCUGUCAGUGCACUCUCUCCCUGCACAACACAUAUAUUAGUGUAGUGGGCUUUUUUAGUGUUUGUUGAGCAUAAAUUAGUGUUUUCUUGUGUUGAUUUUCCAUCUCGUGUUCUCCGCGUCUGUUCUGGUCCCUGUUUCUUGAGGAUCAUUUCAGCGAGAGGUUUCAAUAGCAAUCAUGAGUAGCCCUGCCGGAUGGAACAGUCGAGUAAUGUUUGAGCGUUAUGUUUUUGAUUAUUUGAGAAAAAGAGACAUGCAGGAAACUGCCGAGAUUUUUCGUAGAGAGGCAGAUCCAACCAUCGAUCCUAAUACUCCUCCCGCAAUAGAUGUUCCUGAUGGUUUUCUACAUGAAUGGUGGUUGAUAUUUUAUGAUAUGUUCAAAGCACGACAACAAAAUAAUCCUGAGCAUAAUGGGGGUCCUUCCUACACGGGUGAGCAAAUGAUGAUCAUGGCGCAACAAGGUCUCAAUCCAAUGCCAUCGACAGGGGGGCCUUUAAUGAUUGGAAGGAGGGUGAACUCAGCAUAUUCUGAGGACAAAAGCAAUGUUGUGCCAAUAGCUGCUGAUUGUCCUUCAGAAACCUCGUCAUCAAUUCCCAAGUCCUUGGAUGAUAUUGUUAAACCAUCUUCUUCACAUUCUAAUGAUAAUAAAGAUGAGGGAAGGCGUUCUUCCAAUAAUUCACUCACACAUAAUGCUACUUCUAGCACAAAUGCUUCAAAAGAUACAAUAGUUUUGGAAGGCACUUUUGUCAAAUACAAAUUUCACAAUUUCAAGCUCCUCAUAUCGGCAUUAGUUGGGGUCCAAGUGUUUAUUCCUUGUCAGGUGGCCUAAAAGAAGGGUUGAAGAAGUUUGUAAAAGACAUGACUGCCUAUGUUGAAAUCUUUUAAUGCAGAAAUUACCAAACCCCACAACUAAACAGACUCUUGAAUCAAUUGUUUUGGGAGUUAAAGAUCAUAUUUGCAAGGCGCUGAAAGAAUCAAAGAAAUAUGUUACUCAUCUUUAUCAUCAUGAGAUUUGAGAUUAGCAUCCCGGACAUAUGAAUUGGCUAUGAAGCUUCUAAAGGAAAAUAUUAAUAUCUGGAACACUUGUGCUGCUCUCUUAAAAAUAUAAUUGGUUCUUAUGCUUCCCGGUUGAUCUCAAUUGUGAUUUGACCCGAAUGAUUAUCUGAUUGUCAACCAAAGCAAGCAAGUACACGGAUCUCAAAUUCUUGGAGACAAUAGAUCACCCAUGAUUAGGUGCAAUAUUUUCCUCUCAACGUCGCAUGAACUGAUGAACCUAUUUCUUAAAAGAACUAUAUCAUCAGAGCCGUGUGGAGGACAGGGUAUUUCUGAAGCACAUGCAAGUGGUUCUUGUUGGAUUUUAGAUCAUGUCAAAUCUGGGAGGAAUUUGCUCAGUUUUAUUAAAGACCAUCCUGUUGGUGGUGUUGGAUUUCCUCGUGUGGUCAACUGAAUUCACACCGAGUCUAAUGCCUAAUCAUUUGUUCAUUCAUCUCAUGGUGUCCCUUUGGAGUAGGAUCUCGUUAUUGCCUCAAGAGAAGAAAUGUAGUUAUGCUUAGAGUUCAUCGUUUGCCAUGCAAUACAUAUCUCUUGUUCAGAAUUUUACAUUGGAAACAUGCAUUGCUGGAGGAGCCGUUGGAUCAAUUGUGGGAUUUGUCUCUUUCCUAAAGAUCUUUGCAGUUUCAUGCGUAUCUUCUAGAAUAAUCAAAAAGAUAACGCUCAAAGAUUGCUUGAGUUCCUAUCUGAUAGGGCUGAUCGUGACUGCUAUUGAACUUCUCACUUUGCAUCUGCGAUCUUUAAGAAUGUAACCAACACAGAGUUGAAAGGAUUCAUGGAUGGUUCACUGGCAUAACAAAGGUUGAUGUUUCAUCUAUCACUCUGAUAUUGGAAUCUUAAUGUUUUGACUUAGAAUUGAGAUAGCAUUCCUGCAACCACUACCUGGAACCUUGGUUGUGGUUGUGGUUGUGGUUGUGGUUAUGGUGUCACAGUCCUGAUUUAAGUGGGUUGAGACAAUUUUUUUUUUCCUAUUUGAAACUCACACACUCACUUUUCCCCAAUGGGGACUCAACCCUGGACCUUCUACUUUGGAAGGUGAAGUAUCAUCACCAGUCCUACAACUGUUGUUCGUUAGAUAGUAUAGUAUUCUCUAUGCUUUCAUAUUAACUAAUUAUUUCGAGAGUUUUGGGCAAGCACUAAUGUGCGAUUUCGCAUGGUAUUCAAUAUUGAUUUAUGUUUGUAUUUCAUGAAUUAGUUGCAGAUUAAUUGCCUUUAAUUGGCUGCCUUGCAGCAUUUUUUUUUUUUUUUUUGUUAUGUUGCCUUGUCUCUUAACUUCAGAAUCAGGUGCAUGUGGGCUAUGAAUUGGUUCUUGCACAAUCACAUUGUACCAACACCAUGUAAGUUUCUUCCUCUCCGCAUUCGAUCUACCAUAUUUGGAAUGAGAACUCUUUAACAGCAAUUUCAAACCAACAGAACACGUCAACAAUUGGUAUUAUGGUUGAGACAGGAGGUAAUUAUAACGGUAAAGUGGAAUAUGUUGCUUAUUAUUCCGAUCUUUUUUUUUCCCCUUCCUAAUCAGGGGAUAUCUGUUUACUACUUCAAGUAGAAGUUGUUGAUGAGCUAUAAUAAUAAUAUUAUGAGCCUUUCUGUGUAUAACAGAUCUAGCCAGGGUAAUUAUGAGUUAGAUUACUUCUAUGUUCUGUUACAGGUAAGCAUCAAAGCAUGCAAGGAAAAAUGACUAGCUGUAGCCUGUCUUUGUGAAGAUGAUAUAUACCUUUGGUGGAAGCUGAACCGGCUAUGAUCUUCACAUUUGAUUCUUGUUAGAUCUCAAAGCCCAAUACUACUCCAAUCACCAUCCAAUUUUAUGUCCAUCUGCCAAUGUCUUGGUCUGGUGGAGUUCAUAAUUUACUGAGGUAAGUGUGUCUUCUCAACUGAGCACUAAUUUGUAUCCAUUUUGUUUUAUUCGCUUGCCUAAUUUUUUUUUUUUUUUCUUAGUUGGUACUCACACAUACAUGCCUCCACUUAGGCUCAAACCUCUGAUACCGUUAGGCCACGGCGUGUUGGUCUCUCCUAACUAAAUUGUGACUUCUGAUGUGUCAGGAGUUAUAUAAUAAACCAAUCUGCUCCUACUGCUCCAACCAUAGAAUGGCCAGUAGAAGAUUUGAUCUCUUUAACCACCUCUGCAAAUUGAACGCGCAUCUCGCAUGAUCCAAGUGAAAUUAUAAAUCCAAUUGACCUUCCAAAUUGUUGCAAUUAAUUCACCUGGGAAUUCAAGUUUUCAGAUUUAGAACAAAGAUGCUGUUGGAUGGACUCUGCUUAGUCUUAUGCUUCAUGUAUCCAAACUUCAUUUUGCGAUCUCUUUAGUACUUCCUCUGCCAAGAAGCAGGCAAGUGAAGCAUUAGGCUUUUGUCUCAGCUGCUAGUCUUAUUAUGCUUCUUACCCACAGGAGUUGAGAAUUAUUGUCGGUCAAAUUUUGAAAUUUUUUGCAUCUAAUAGCAGCAGUCGUUCUGUUUAUAUGUCUACUUGAAUUGUGAUUUUCAGUUAUUUUUUCCAGAAGAUAUAAUAGAGAUUGCGGGGCAGAAAGAAAUGGUGAACAAAUGGUCACACAGCAUCUCCAAGAAGAAGAGAGAUUAUUCUUCUUUUUACAU